GGGGGCGUGGCACUGUGCCAAUGCCUCACUCCAAAACUUCAAAACUUCAAAACUUGAGAGCCCUGAGCUCUGAUCUUCAUAGGCCAACACACUCCACAUGACAGACUGGAGAAGAAGAUCCCAUGAUAAUCUGAGCAGCCGGUAGGGAAGAUCAGGGCAGAAUGGAGAUGACCCAGAGUGUCUAUCGACUUUUAGACUCUGGUGGAGUCAACAGACCCUCUUCAGACCAAUAUGAAGAAGCAGACGCCACUGAGGUUGACAUCAAGACUCCAUACUCUGGACAGAGGAAGGAAGGCCCAAAUCCUCAACAUUCUGGACCCUGGAAAACCAUAGCCAUGUGUCUGGGUUUACUGUGUGCUGUCCUGCUGUCUGGCAUCACGGUUCUCAGUUUCGAAGUGAGGGGGACCAAAAUCAGCCACAACAAUCAGAUGAAAGGAACUUCUCAGGUACAGGCGAGUAGCAGCGACCUGAGAAAUGAGACAGCACAGCUACAAGAUAGUCAUAAUCACUUGAGUGAGACAGACAUAAUGCAAUUACAGAGAGAUUACAGCAAUCUGAAGACAGAAAAAUCUAAUUUACAAAUUAGUAACAAGAAUCUGGUUAGAGAAAAAUCACAGUUACAGUACAAAUAUGACAACUUGAAUAGAGAGAAGUCCCAGCUACAGGCCAAUUACAGCAACCUGAAUUCAGAAAAAUCACAGCUACAAGACCGUUAUAAUGACCUGAGUAGUGAGAGAUCUAGGUUACAGACCAGUUACAACAACCUGAAUUCAGAGAAAUCACAGCUACAAGACCGUUAUAAUGACCUGAAUUCAGAGAAGUCCCAGUUACAGGGCAGACUCAACACCACGGCUGCUAAGAAGGACGAACUAACCACGGCUGCUGAGAAGGACGAACUACUGAGGAGAUUUUGUGAAGCAAAGAUGGAUGUUACUCAGUAUGCAGUGGAAAUGGCUCUGGAUCCUGAUACUGCUGAUGACCAUCUCACCCUGUCUGCUGAUGGGAAACAAGUGGUUCGUGAAAACACGAGACAGCAUCUCCCCUACAGCGCAAAGCGGUUUCUUUAUUACGCUGUCCAGGGAACACAGGGGUUCUCCUCAGGUAGAUCUUAUUAUGAGGUGCAGGUCAAUGUGAGCAGGAGCUGGGAACUGGGAGUGGUCAGAGAGUCCUGCAACAGGAGGGCAGUAGCCUCAGGCAGGAAUCCAAACAAUGGCUACUGGAUAAUAAAGAGGUCUGGCAGUUCAUACAGGGCAGGUGCUGCACCCUCUGUUCUCCUCUCCCUGAAAGAGGACCCAGAAAGGGUGGGGGUGUUUGUGGAUUAUGACGCAGGUUUGGUCUCAUUCUACGAUGCAGACAUGUGGGCUCUGGUCUACUCUUUCAAAGGAGUCUCCUUCAGGAAGAAAAUGUAUCCCUACUUGUAUGCUGGCGAUUCUUUUCCACUGAGCGUUGUCACCCCAGUCUCUUGUGUUUUAUAAUUCAUUUAGUAAUGUUGUGACUUGAAUUUCCCCUUGGGAUCAAUAAAGUAUCUAUCUAUCUA